AUGCUGCAAAUUUGGACUAUAGAAAAAUUUUAAGUAGUAAAAUUUUCUUUAUAAAUUAGGCUGGUGAUUUGAGAAAUAAGGUCUAUUAGAGAACCAGCAUACCCACCUAAAAAAUGUAGAAAAUAUAGUAAAUUAUUAUGCAUGAAUCUAAAAAAAGAGGAUGA